GUGGCGGCGUUCGGAAGAGAGCCGAGAGGUGGGAGCGGGGGUGCACGUGUCGCGUGUGGGCACACCGUGAGGGCAGCGUUGUUCGGCAGAGCGUCGGAUACUCGAACGGAGGUGAGGCGGCCGGCGCUGGCGGCUGGCGGCUGACGCCCGGGCCGACACGCUCGGCUGGCGCCGCCCGUCCGCUGCAGCCGACACAACGGAGCCGCGAGUCAAGGACCGGCCGGUCGUGGACCCGCCGCGGCCCGGCCGGCGCGCCCGGCGCACUCCGACACUCACCGAGCCGACGGCGUGACGGUCCCCGUGGCGGCCGUCGUGACUGCCCCCGUGACGGCGACUGAGCGCUCCAGUGACGGCGAGGGCAGCGUCUGUCGGCGGCAGUGAGCUGCCCCGGCAGCACACGGCAGUAGCAGUGAGCUGCACCGGCAGCAAGGAACAGUAGCAGCGACCUACACCGGUAGCAAGAACAGAGCAGCGACCUACACCGGUAGCAAGAACAGAGCAGCGACCUACACCGGUAGCAAGAACAGAGCAGCGAGCUACACCGGUAGCAAGGAACAGUAGCAGCGAGCUACACCGGCAGCAAGGAACAGUAGCAGUGACCUACACCGGCAGCAAGGAACAGCGUCUAGCGCGGUCUCAGCUAGUGACGCGUUUGUUGCGGUGGGACCAAGCGUGGCAGCGAGUCACGGUGCCGGCGAGUGAGCUGCAGUGCCUACUACGGUGACGGCUAACGGCAGUGUUCACUCGAGUGGGUGCUGUUCCGGUGGAGGCGAGUGACAUUGUUCACUCGAGUGAGCAUUGUUACGGUGACAGCCAUUGCCAGUGUCUGACGGGCAGUCAGUGGCAGUGUCAGUGUCCGUUACGGUGACAGCCAGUGGCAGUGUGACAGCGGACGCCAGUGUCAGUGUCCGUUUCGGCGGAGGCAGAUUCAGCCGGUCGUGGCCAGCCGCGCUGCCCUCAUAGACGAGGCGUCCGUCACCGUCAGUUCGCCUCGGAGUCUCCCUCGCCGCCGGCACCAUGCUGGCCGCCAUCCGAGGACGCAAGAGCGAGUCUCCCACGCGCUUCAGCGAGAUCAGCCUGCGGCGCUACAGGAAGAACGCCCGGGUGAAGCGGAGCUCUGCGGCGGCCAUGUCGGCAGAUGAGGAGGCUGUCGUCGGCCACCGCACCUGGUCUCGGAGCACGCUGUCACUGAGCGGCGCCGGCUCCGGAAAAUCUGAACAGCCGCCGGCGCUCUCACAUCUGGCCACCGUGGAAGCCAAGAUGGCUGGUAUCGAGAGCUCGCUGUCCACCACGACCGGCACGAGCCGUCGCCGGAAGGAGACGGCGUCGGUACCGGUACCGGUACCGGUACCGGCCGCCGCCGGGCCGCGCGACCUGCUCCGUGAGCUGGAGCUGCUGCACACCACGCUCCGUGAGAGGGACCAGACCAUCCUGAGGUUGCGCAGCCAGAUCGAGUCAGCCCAGCAGAGUGACAGUGACGCCGAGCGGGCGGCCCGGGAGCGCGAGCGGCGCGCGCUCACUGAGCGCCUCUCGCGGCUGCAGACACAGACGGACACCAGCCGCGCGCGCGCCAAAAACCUCCGACUCGCCCUGGAGAAACUCGAGGCCUCAGAGAACAUCGACGCGUGCAUUCGACAAGCAGAGCUCGAGUACGAGCUGGAGCGAGAGGAGCUGCACAUCCUGGACCUGCAGGCAGAGCAGAUGACACUGCGCGCCAAGAUGGAGGACGCCGAGGGUCGCGGCGGCGGCGGCGGCGGGCCGGCAGCCGCCGACCGGCUCUCGCUGACCAGCUGCCUGCCGACCAGUGCCGAGACGUCGCUGCACCUGGUGACGCUGCAGUGGGAGCCGCGCUCGCCCAGCUUCACCGUCAGCACCCACCUGUCGGGCCGCGGCGUGCUCAUCGAGUGGGCCAUGGACAGCACCGGACUGCGCAAGGGCGAUCGGGUGCUGGAGCUGAACGGUGAGCACGUGUUCGGCCACCGCAAGGAGGCGCUGCUGGCGCUGGCGGCGGCCGCGGCCGCGGCGCCGCUGCGUCUGCUGGUGGUCCGCUGCCAGCCGCCCAGUGUGGCGGCGCGCCGCGGCGCCGGCAGGGAGCUGGCCGCCCUCCGAGAGGAGCUGGCCCUGCUCGCCGGCCGGCUCGAACAGAAGACGCUCGAAAACAAGGCGCUGCACGCCGAGAAGGAGCGCUGCGUGCGCGACAGCGAGGCGUACCGCACCGAAAACGUGCGGCUCAGCCACCGGAUCGGCUACCUGGACGAGCAGGUGCAGGAGAUGCAGGCCGACCUGGACAAAAUCAAAGGCGUCACCGACGAGAGCCUGCGCCGCACCAAGAAGGACGUGCAGGUGUUCACCAAGGGCCCACACACGGCCACCAUCCCAGUGAACGUGGCCGGCCGGACGGACGGCCCGCCGGCUACCCCCACCUCUGCCGCCGAGUCGGAGCCGGAGCCGCCGGCCGGCCACCGGCCCAUCUACCAGAACAUCCGGCCCAAGAUCAAGCAGAAGCCGCGCAACAUACUGCAGCGGCUGCAGCAGCUGGGCGCGCCGCCGGCCGCCGCCGACUCGGACACGGGCAGCGCCUUCAGCGUCAGCACGCUGGACGGCAAGCCGCGGCCGCCCAAGAAGCCGGCGCGCCUGAGCCUGCAGCGCGCCACCAGCGUGCAGUCGGUGCGCUCGGCAGACGACACGCUGUGCGCGGGUCGGCGCGCCGCCGCCGCCGCCGCCUCCGACACGGUGCAGACGUGGCCGUCCGUGGAGCGCAGUCUGGACCAGGUGCGCCAGCGCGCCGCAGCCGCCGACCUGGCGAGCCUGCGGCGACUGGUGCGCCGGCACCGGCCGUCGGCCGAGCGGCUCUGACCCCCCGCCCCGCCCCGCGUCGUGCCCCGCCGACCGAGCGGCACUGACCCCCCGCCCCGCGCCGUGCCCCGCCGGCCGGGCGGCUCUGACCCCCCGCCGGAACCGGCCUGAGGCGGCGUCCCGACCGUCCAUUGCGACUCCGUCCAGUGUAGCACGUGAGGCUAGACUCGUUACUGCACCGCCUAGCAGACACUCUACAUAUAUCGCGUCCAAUCAGUGCCAGUGUCAUAGGGUUGUAUAUCGUUUUCGAACACGUGUUCCCAAAGAAUAUAUUUAUAAGAUAUUCUA